AAGAAGCUCCCUUGAUUUCUCAAGUUCCUAAGACACACAGUGAGGACACUUACCAGAGUCGGCAUCUAACCUUCAGCCAUGGGACCAACAGCAACCCUGUUUUAUUACUAUGACGCUACGAGCCCAGAUCCUCCUAUCUCAGAGACUUCCUCCCACAUUUUCUACACAUCUGUCUUCCUCCCUGCCUUUUAUACAGCUGUGUUCCUGACUGGAAUAUUGGGGAACUUCGUCCUCAUGAUCGCGUUGCAUUUCAAGCACGGCAACCGAAGACUGAUCGACAUCUUUAUCAUCAACCUGGCAGCCUCGGACUUCAUUUUCCUCGUCACACUGCCUCUUUGGGUGGAUAAGGAAGCCUCUUUAGGACUAUGGAGGACUGGCUCUUUCCUGUGCAAAGGCAGCUCCUAUGUCAUCUCUGUGAACAUGCACUGUAGCGUCUUCUUGCUCACUUGCAUGAGCAUGGACCGCUACCUGGCCAUCAUGCGCCCGGCUUUAUCCAGGAGACUAAGGAGGAGAAACUGCGCAUACACAGUCUGUGCCAGUGUCUGGAUCCUCUCAUGCCUCCUGGGACUGCCUACUCUUCUGUCCAGAGAGCUCACACACAGGGAAGGCAAGCCCUACUGUGCAGAGAAGAAAGCCACUCCAACGAAACUGAUGUGGGGUCUGGUAGCCUUGAUUGUCACCUUUUUUGUCCCGCUGCUGAGCAUCGUGACCUGCUACUGUUGUAUCGCAAGGAGGCUGUGUGCUCAUUACCAGCAGUCUGGAAAGCACAACAAAAAGCUGAAGAAGUCUAUCAAGAUCAUCAUUAUCGUUGUGGCGGCCUUCACCCUUUCCUGGCUACCCUUUAAUACUUUCAAGCUCCUGGCCAUCGUCUCGGGCUUGCAGCCGCAACUCCAGUUUCCCUCUGUGUCUUUUCGGCUGGCCAUGGAGGUGAGUGGGCCCUGGGCGUUUGCCAACAGCUGUGUCAACCCUCUCAUUUACUAUGUCUUUGACAGCUAUAUCCGCCGGGCCGUUCUACGCUGUCUGUGCCCUUGUCUGAGAAACCAUGACAUCGGGAGCACAACGGAGACAUCAGACAGUCACCUCACUAAGGCUCUCUCCAACUUCAUUCACGCAGAGGAUUUUGUCAGGCGGAGGAAAAGGUCUGUGUCGCUCUAAAAGGAGCGGUGGUGACAUUUCAAGGUCUGCUGGCACGCUUGGGAAGUUGGGUUUUGUCA